GUGAGAUUUCAACCUCCAUUAUCGACACAUGAAGUUCUCACCCGUUCUGGAUCCUAUGUUUAUAAAAAGCCGCACGGAACUCCAUGUGUUCUUUUCUCUGUCUCCAUAAUGACUGAGGAGGGCGCCCUUGUUUUUCAAUCUGAUGAUGUCGACGUCGAAAAGGCAUCUCAUUCUCCCACUGAGCCUGAGGAGCACUUCAAUACUGAGGGAAUUGCACAUCAAGACGCCUUGGGUCCAAAGCCCAAGAGGCGCCAUUUCUUUUCUCCUUUGGAUCGAAGUCACGCAGACGCUGUGCAUGAGGACGCAAAGACGGUUGAAUAUACUCCUGAAGAGGACUACAAAGUGAAGAGGAAGAUCGACAACACGGUCCUGCCUCUGGUUAUUUGCAGUUUCAUAUUCAACCAAUUCGAUCGUACCAACAUUGGAAACGCGCAUGUCAUUCCGGAAUUCAACCAGAAUUUUGACAUUACAGACAACGACAAAUGGACGCUAGCACUUAGCAUUUUCUACGUCGGUUACUGCCUUUUAGAGAUGCCUGCAAACAUUCUCCAACGCCAUAUUGGCGCUAACAGAUUUUUUUUUAUUUCACUCACGGUCUGGGGAAUAGCCUCGCUUUCCUUCGUAUACUCUAAGGGUUAUGGUGCACUAUUGGCGCUUCGGAUUUUGGUUGGGAUUGGCGAAGCGGGCUUUUACGCAGGUGUUAUUUACUAUCUGUCGUUCUGGUACAGGAGACAUGAAUUAGCCUUGCGGAUCAGCUUGUGUAUGACCGGUACUUACCCGGGAGCUAUCGGAGGACUUUUGGCCUUUGGACUUACUCGAGCCCAUACAAGUCUUCUGACAGGAUGGCAGUUCCUCUUCCUGAUUGAAGCCAUUCCAACGAUGGCGAUGGCAUUCGCUAUCCUGCUCUUCUUGCCAUCCUUCCCUUUCUCCGCGUCCUUCUUGACGAAGAGAGAGCGUGCAAUUGCACAAGCUCGUGUUAAUCGUGACCACAGACCACAAUCCCACGGAGGAAUGACUGGAUGGCAAGGUCUUAAAGCCGUGAUCAUGGAUUUGAAUUGUUGGAUGUUCAUGUUGAUCUAUGCUAGCUUCAACGUCGGAGCUGCCACAAUUUCAUAUUUCCUGCCAACGCUCAUCAAAGAACUUGGGUUUACGUCCAUCAAUGCUCAAGGACUUACCGUCGCACCAUACGCCGUUGGAUGGUUUGUGGUCUUCUUCCAGGCCUGGCACAGCGACAAGACAAAGGACAGAGGAUAUCAUACCAUGCUCUCUUGUUGUAUCUCUUUCGUCGGGUACAUUAUUCUCGCUACAUGCGCGAACAAGAGCGUGGGCGCUUCGUAUUUUGCGCUCUUCUUGGUAGUCGGAGGGAAUUAUAGCUUGUUCCCUUUGGUGAUGAGUUGGGCAGCAAAUUGUUUUUCGCCUACGUCGAAGCGAGGUGUCGGAACUGCAUUUAUAGUGUCGAUCUCGAACAGUGUAUCGAUUGCAUCACCACAGAUCUACUUCGAUCCCGAAACUCAGUUCCGAAAAGGCCAUGGCAUCUCUGCCGGGUGAGUAUUCUCGCUUCCUCUCAAUGAGGCUGACAGGAACGAUCCCCGUGAUAGAUGUCUGUUCCUAGCGUUAAUAGUGACAUUCUUGUUAAGAACAAGACUGAUGAUGUUGAACAAACGCAACGUGAAACGAUUGGCGGCGUUGAGCCAGGAAGAGAAAGUCAAGCUGGAAAGAAUUACGGAAAUCACAGACUCGGACCCUCGGUAUAUCUUCCCGACAUAGAUUGAAAAACAAAGGGGGUCUAAUCGAUUUGGGAAUUUGUGACCCACCGCAUGGGAUUUUUUUUGAAAGUACGAACGGAAUGAUGAUUGUGAUGCUAAAUAUUAUGAUUAUUAUCAGGGAUAUAAUUCCUUCUGGACCCGGAGGACGCUGAAGGACUCGGCGUAUGAUAAUGACGUGCCUACGCUAUGAACGCC